GCUCCACUCAGGAGUAGCGCUCCCUCACUCUCUUCCUUCGCCAUUGUUCUGAUCUCACCUGCUGCACCCUGCUCAGCCCUCCAAAAAUGAGCUGGACCCGUCCCGUCACCCUCGCCCUGCUUUCUGCGCUCCUCGUCCUGACCCUGAGCCGCGGGUCCGAGGGCGCGGCUGUGCGGGACGACCCCGCCGACACGGAGACCGGGGCACCGCAAGGAGCGGCGAGGAGGGUCUUCAUGCGCGAGGCGGAAGCAGCAAAUUUUUUCAGACGUCGGAGCAGGAGAACGGCGAAGUCACAGGCAGAGAUAAACGCUGAACAGAGGCAGAGGUUGGCAGUGGAUGAACGCAGGAGAGAGUAUCACGAGGAGCAGAGGAAUGAAUUUGAGAAUUACGCGGAGGAAGAGCGUGAUGAACAGAACGAGAGGACCCGGGAGAAGGUCGAACAGUGGCGGGAGUUCCACUACGACGGGCUCUACCCCUCCUACCAGUACAAUCGCCACCACGUCUGAGUCUUAACACCGCGUGGGGAGAUGUAUGUGGGGGGGGGGCCGGAGCAGAGCGUGGGGGGAAUAGGCCUUCUUCUCCAGACCCUGCCUGUCCAACUUACCCCUCACAGACUCUGACACAGUCCCCAGCAAACAACUGAAUUUUUUUUAAUGCACCGUUGUCCAAGCUACAAACAAUAAAUAAAUUAGGUUACCGCAGUUUGUAUGAACAUAUUUUAGAUGUAUCAAGUUUCAUUCAAGCUGUAAAACUGUAAAAUGAGGUAUAUUUGAAGAUAAUACUUCUUUGUUCAUAAACUUUAUUCAAUCUUUUCGUACACAAUGUUUAAAAAAACUCUAGAGAAUAUUUCAUAUUAAUUACAGCAAAAUUUAUGUCUACGCCAGCAUGCAGAUUUUUGUAUUUGACACCCCUGUGGAUCGCAUUUCACAGCAAGGUUUGUAUAGAGCAUUCUAAGAUGUGUAUGAUAUAGAGUUAGUCAUAACACAAAUGUAAUAUUAUGCCUAUGGAACUUGUUGUUGUUGAAAUGUGGAUUACUUGACCAAGAAAAUCUCACUGAUUAUUUUGGUACUGGAAAAGCCUGUAAUUCAGAACACCAGCAGCCAAUAAAUUCUAUAAUUCCAGCAAA